GAGGAGUUGAAGGCUGAGACUCUGGCCCCAGGGGACGCAGCGUCACUGGUUCGAAACCUCUCAGCCACCUUGGUGAGGGGACUAAGCAAUUAGAGACACCUCUGAGCUGUUCACUCCACGGAGUAGCCUAGUCACCUGCAAGCCUCGCAGAGAACACCUGAGUCGAGAUAGGAGCACCGGGAAGUCACAGACAUGGCCUGCCCCUGGAAGUUCCUCUUCAGAGCCAAAUCCUAUCAAGGUGACUUGAAGGAGGAAAAGGACAUUAACAACAACGUGGGGAAAACCCCAGGUGCCAUAUCCAGCCCAACAACACAGGAUGACCCUAAGAGUCACAGACCUGCCAAGCUCCAAAAUGGUACCCCCCAGCCCCUCAGUGGGACAGCACAGAAUGUUCCAGAAUCCCUGGACAAGCUGCACGUGCCUCCAUCGACCCGCCCACAGCACGUGAAGAUUAAAAACUGGGGCAGUGGAGAGAUUUUACAAGAUACACUUCACCACAAAGCCACAUCGGAUUCCACUUGUAAGUCCAAGUCCUGCUUAGGGUCUAUCAUGAACCCCAAGAAUUUGAUCAGAGGACCCAGAGAGAAGCCCAUCUCACUGGAGGAGCUUCUGCCACAAGCCAUCGACUUCAUCAACCAGUAUUAUGGCUCCUUCAAAGAGGCAAAAAUAGAGGACCAUCUGGCCAGGGUGGAAGCUGUAACAAAGGAGAUAGAAACAACAGGAACCUACCAGCUGACCCUGGAUGAGCUCAUCUUUGCCACCAAGCUGGCCUGGAGAAACGCCCCUCGCUGCAUUGGCAGGAUCCAGUGGGCCAACCUGCAGGUCUUCGAUGCCCGGAGCUGUAGCACCGCCCAGGACAUGUUCCAGCACAUCUGCAGACACCUGCUUUAUGCCACCAACAAUGGCAACAUCAGGUCGGCCAUCACUGUGUUCCCCCAGCGGAGCAACGGGAAACAUGACUUCCGGAUCUGGAACUCGCAGCUCAUCCGGUACGCGGGCUACCAGAUGCCCGACGGCACCAUCCGAGGGGACCCUGCCAACCUGGAGUUCACCCAGCUGUGCAUCCACCUGGGCUGGAAGCCCCGCUAUGGCCGCUUCGAUGUGCUGCCUCUGGUCCUGCAAGCUGACGGGCGAGAUCCAGAGGUCUUUGAAAUCCCUCCUGACCUCGUGUUGGAGGUGAACAUGGAGCAUCCCAAGUACGAGUGGUUCCAGGAGCUUGGGCUGAAGUGGUACGCGCUGCCUGCCGUGGCCAACAUGCUGCUGGAAGUGGGUGGCCUCGAAUUCCCAGCCUGCCCCUUCAACGGUUGGUACAUGGGCACGGAGAUCGGAGUUCGAGACUUCUGUGACACACAACGCUACAAUAUCCUGGAGGAAGUGGGCAGAAGGAUGGGCCUGGAGACCCACACACUGGCUUCCCUCUGGAAAGACCGGGCUGUCACAGAGAUCAAUGUGGCUGUGCUCUAUAGUUUCCAGAAGCAGAACGUGACCAUCAUGGACCAUCACACAGCCUCAGAGUCCUUCAUGAAACACAUGCAGAAUGAGUACCGGGCCCGAGGAGGCUGCCCUGCGGACUGGGUCUGGCUGGUCCCUCCAGUGUCCGGGAGCAUCACCCCCGUGUUCCAUCAGGAGAUGCUGAACUACGUUCUAUCUCCAUUCUAUUUCUACCAGAUUGAACCCUGGAAGACCCACAUCUGGCAGGAUGGGAAGCUGAGGCCCAAGAGGAGAGAGAUCCGGCUCAGAGUCUUGGUGAAAGUGGUGCUCUUUGCUUCCAUGUUGAUGCGCAAGGUCAUGGCUUCCCGAGUCAGAGCCACAGUCCUCUUUGCUACCGAGACAGGGAAAUCUGAAGUGCUAGCCCGCGACCUGGCAGCUUUGUUCAGCUGUGCCUUCAACACCAAGGUGGUCUGCAUGGACCAGUACAAGGCAAGCUCUUUGCAAGAGGAGCAACUACUGCUGGUGGUGACAAGCACGUUUGGGAACGGAGACUGCCCCAGCAAUGGGCAGACCCUGAAGAAAUCUCUGUUCAUGCUGAGAGAACUCACGCACACCUUCAGGUAUGCUGUGUUUGGCCUUGGCUCCAGCAUGUACCCUCAGUUUUGUGCCUUUGCUCAUGACAUCGACCAGAAACUGUCCCACCUGGGAGCCUCUCAGCUUGCCCCGACAGGAGAAGGCGAUGAACUCAGCGGGCAGGAGGAUGCCUUCCGCAGCUGGGCUGUGCAAACCUUCCGGGCGGCCUGUGAGACGUUUGAUAUCCGAAGCAAACAUCACAUUCAGAUCCCGAAACGCUACACUUCCAACGCAGUUUGGGAACCACAGCAAUACAGGCUCACCCAGAGCCCAGAGCCGCUAGACCUCAGCAAAGCCCUCAGCAGCAUACACGCCAAGAACGUGUUCACGAUGAGGCUGAAGUCCCAGCAGAAUCUGCAGAGUGAGAAGUCCAGCCGUGUCACCCUCCUUGUUCAACUCUCCUUCGAGGGAAGCCGAGGCCCCAGCUACCUGCCUGGGGAACACCUUGGGAUUUUCCCAUGCAACCAGCCUGCCCUGGUGCAGGGAAUCAUGGAGCGAGUUGUGGAUUGUCCUGCACCAAACCAAACUGUGUGCCUGGAAGUUCUGGAUGAGAGAGGCAGCUACUGGGUCAAAGACAAGAGGCUGCCCCCAUGCUCACUCAGCCAAGCCCUCACCUACUUCCUGGACAUCACUACCCCUCCCACCCAGCUGCAGCUCCACAAGCUGGCCAAGCUGGCCACGGAAGAGGCUGACAGGCAGAGGCUGGCGUCCUUGUGUCAGCCCUCAGAGUACAACGCUUGGAAGUUCAGAAACAACCCCACGUUCCUCGAAGUGCUGGAAGAGUUCCCGUCAGUGCGCGUGCCAGCUGCCUUCCUGCUGUCUCAGCUCCCCAUUCUGAAACCCAGAUACUACUCCAUCAGCUCCUCCCAGGACCACACUCCUUUGGAGGUCCACCUCACUGUAGCCGUGGUCACCUAUCGCACCCAAGAUGGCCAGGGUCCCCUGCACCAUGGUGUCUGCAGCACCUGGAUCAGUACUCUGAAGCCCCAGGACCCAGUGCCCUGCUUUGUGCGAAGUGUCGAUGGCUUCCAGCUCCCUGAGGACCCGUCCCGGCCUUGCAUCCUUGUUGGGCCAGGCACAGGCAUUGCUCCCUUCCGAAGCUUCUGGCAUCAGAGGCUCCAUGACUCCCAGCACAGAGGACUCAAAGGAGGUCCCAUGACCUUGGUGUUUGGGUGCAGGCACCCAGAGGAGGACCACCUCUAUCGGGAAGAGAUGCAUGAGAUGGUCCACAGGGGAGUACUGCAUCAGGUGCAUACAGGCUAUUCCAGGCUUCCUGGCAAGCCCAAGGUCUACGUUCAAGACAUUCUGCAGAAGCAGCUGGCCGAUGAGGUACUCAGAGUGCUCCACAGGGAGGAGGGCCACCUCUAUGUUUGUGGAGAUGUGCGCAUGGCUCGGGAUGUGGCUACCACCUUGAAGAAACUGGUGGCCACCAAGCUGAACUUGAGCGAGGAACAAGUCGAGGACUAUUUCUUCCAGCUCAAGAGCCAGAAACGCUAUCAUGAAGAUAUCUUCGGUGCAGUCUUUUCCUAUGGGGCGAAAAAGGAAAGCACCUUGGAGCUGCCCAAAGGCACCAGGCUCUGACAGAUCAGAAGGUGUUAUAGCUUCUGAGACAGAAUUCAGUGAUGGAUUCAACUCCCCAGCUGCUAGGGGCCUGGCAAGACAGAGACAUACAAUUUCCCCCAAAGCCCUCACUCCAUCCCUCUCAUGCCUGCCCUACACAGUAGUGUUUGGACUACUUGACUCUCCCUUC